UCUGCGCUUGAAGGGCAUUUCUAUUCUGAUGAGAAAUGAGAUACGGACACUGUAGCAUUUCUAUAUAAUACAAAAAAUGCUUUCUGGUUUCUGGAUUUUUGUACUGAUCUUCAGCACCAUGUAUACAGUCCAAUCUGGUAGACAUUUAGUUACUGCACAAUCAUCCGAAGGACCAAAGGUUUAUCAGCAUGAUGCAAAGCUCAGUGUGAAUAUCGGAGCCUCGACUACUCUACAGUGUUGUGUUUUUGGAAAAGGAAUAGAAAACGGAGAAGUUAUCUGGUUUAAGCAACAAAAUGAAAAACAGCCUCAGGUUAUAAUCAGAUUCUUUAACACAGCUAGAGAAAUGUUUUACAAAGAAUUCCAAAAUUCUCGUUUUCAAAUUAAAAGGUUUGGACACUGCUUCAAUUUGACCAUUUUAAACACCACCCUGUGUGAUGAAGCCACAUAUUACUGUGCACUCGUGUCUACUGAUGGAACUCGUUUACAAAUGAAAGGUGAGCGUUUUAACGCUGAAACAUCUAAAGCAGCUCUGUGUGAUAAUUCAGUGGUGUGUGAACCAACACCGCAUGGAAACAACACUAACACCGACACACAACACGACACAGCGAUCGGUUUGGGAUCGACUUUGGGUUUGUGCGCAGUUCUAAUUUUCUGUCUCGCUUGUUUCAUACUGAGGAGAAGAAAACAUGAUAAAAUAAACCCUUCUGUAGGAGAUCCUUCAGGAAGGAUGCAGGAAUCUGACACUGAAACUCUGACGUAUGCAGCUGUACAUUUUACCAAAAGGAAAGACAAAACUAAAAAAAGGAAAGCUGAAUUACCUGAAGUUUGCAUGUACUCUAGUGUCUAAGUGUGCAGUGUUAAUUAACAGUUAACAUUGAACUUGAAUGUGACUCGGAAAAAAACCCCAACUUGGACGUCUAAGCUUCUUUUACAGCUAAGAUUCUUUCGUAAGUUUAAGUUUUCAUAUGACUUUUUUUGGUAGAUGAAUGGAAAGAAGUCCAGCUGACUGGAGCUCUGCUGCAGUGUCUAAUAGACUGUUGGUAGAAAAGUUCAUGUUAAACUGAUGUAUUUUUGACUGGAUUGUUAAAAUAUUCGGUCGUGUCCGGUGUCCUGUUUUAUAACACGAAAGAUAUUCAGGAUAAUUUGGAUCUAAAAUGUUUUUACGCUUGUGGUUUUUCUACAUUAUUUAACUACCAGCAAACAAAUAAAAAUAAAAAAGUAAUAAUUGU